AAAAUGAAACUUUUACCAUUAUUUGUGUGCCUUAUGGCCAUAGUAGUUAUUGUUGUUGAAGCGAAAUUAGAAGAAAAAUUCCAUUGGAAACAAUUAGAAUUCGAUUGGCCAUCUGAAAAAGCUGAAAAAGAUGCAAUUGCCGCAAGAGAUUAUGUUCCAGAAAAUAAUUUACCCUUGGGUUUGGAAAAGUGGAAGAAUAAAUUAUUUAUUACAGUACCAAGAUGGAAAUCUGGUGUUGCAGCUACCCUAAAUUAUGUUGAAUUGGAUACAAAAGAGAAAACACCCAAACUUCGUCCCUACCCCAGUUGGGAAAGUAAUAAAAUUCCCUCGGAUAAAUGUGAAGAUGAGAGUGGUUGUGCGCUGAAAGAUAAUUCAACUAUUAUUUCCACAUUCCGUAUAAAUGCUGAUAAAUGUGAUCGUCUAUGGGUAUUGGAUACCGGUUUGGCAGAUAUUCUGGGAGAAGGCAAACAAGUGACACCCAAUGCUAUUGCAAUUUUUGAUUUGAAAACCGAUAAAUUGAUACGCCGCUUUACCAUACCCAAGACUCAGAUGAAAGAAGACACCUUCUUGGCCAAUAUUAUUGUCGAUUCAGAACGUUCGGAAUGCUCGGAUGCCUAUGCUUACAUACCCGAUUUGGGUGCCUAUGGUGUGAUUGUGUAUUCAUUCCGUGACAAUCAUUCAUAUCGCGUGAAACAUAAUUUCUUCCAUUUCGAUCCAUUGUUUGGUGACUUCAAUGUUGGCGGUGUUAACUUCCAAUGGACAGAUGGUGUCUUUGGCAUGGCAAUUGGUCCUCGUAAGGCAGAUCACACCAAAGAUGUUUAUUUCCAUGCCUUGGCUAGUACCAAAGAAUUCAAGGUCUCCAAUAAAGUAUUGCAAAACGAAACACAUGUUACCAGUCCGGCUGCCUAUUAUGAUUUCAAAUAUGUCGGUGAUCGUGGUAUGAAUGGUCAAUCCACAGCUGAAGUUUAUGAUCCACAAACUGAUGUCAUUUUCUAUACACAAGUCAAUAAGGAUGCCAUUGCCUGUUGGAAUAUCAAGAAACCAUAUCAGGCUGAUAAUCAAGGUCUAAUUGAUUCCGAUUCACAUACCUUGGUCUUUCCCAAUGAUAUGAAAAUCGAUCCGGAAGGCAAUUUAUGGGUAUUAUCGGAUAAAAUGCCAACAUAUUUGUAUAAGAAAUUAGAUCCCGCCGCUGUAAAUUAUCGCAUAUUGACUGGUAAUAAUCGUGAUCUAAUUAGGGGAACACCUUGUGAUAAGUGA